UUUACUCAUCUGUUAAAUGGAGUCUUGUUGGGAAAUGAGCCAAAGCCGUUCACCCAGCCACCAGGACUCCAGGAAAAGUGGCGACUAUAUUUAUAGCUUCUGCCCGGUUGUGCUAAAUAAGGUGGAACAGUCAGCAAAUGAAUUUUCUGUUUAAAGUGGGAUUAAGCAGUAAAUGGUUGACAGUGGCCCACACUAAGAAUCUAGUUUACAAAGUGUCACUUUCCGAGAAAAAAAAAAAACGUGUCAUUUACCGUGUUGUUUGUCAUUUAUCUUUGAAGAUGCUGUCAAGAAAAGGACUCUGAAGAUGUGGGAUGAAUGAGAUGAAACUCCCAAAGAUUUGCAUGGGGUCACAGAUCAGAUGACCUAUUAGAUCUCUAGAUUAAACAUGGAUUAGGAUGGCUUUGACAUAGUGACCAGUAAUCUUCUGAGAGUGCACAAGGGAACAGAUGGUGCAUGAUACACGCAGUUUAACAAUGUUGUCUGGAUAACACAACUGGAUGUAUUUUUCUGAUAUGAUAGCAUUAACUGACAAUAAGCAGUGCAGAUUGUUGUAUCACCACCUUUGAGUUGUCCAUGAAUUUGUUUAUUUAAACAAUAAUAUACUUCUGUAUGUGUUGAAUUUGAUCUAACAUGACUAAAAUAGCCUCAUGGAAACUACACUGUGACCUCUGAUGUCAAUAUAAUACUCAUGUAUGAGCCCUAUAGGAAUUUCAACUGUGUCUAUGAUUAUCAGGACUGACUUUAUAUCAACCUUUAUAGCACUUGAACCCCUGUUAAGUCUCAGAGACUUAUUUUAUAUAGCCUAGUUGUGAGUUUAAAUCAUUCUUGAUGGUAUUUUUAUCUCUUAUGUCCUACUAACCUGUUCUUAGCCUUCAUAAGAGCUUUAAAAAUGUUCACUGACAUCAAAUUAUCCUUAAAUCUUUCCUAGUGAAGGGCACUGCCAGUCAAAUAUGAUCAUCAGGUCCCCGAGGUUCCCUCUAGCCCCUCAAAUCUUCACCCUACUUGUGUUGACUGGCUGGUAGUGAUCUCAAUCGGCUCACAGAUAGCGGCGCUCCUUUCAGCGCCACAGCGCGGGCAGCUGAGGCUCUGUGUGGGAGGGACUAACGGAGAGCUCCCCUCAGAGCAGCCUGCCGCCACAGUAUCGAGCACGGAGAGAAUAUUCAAAGCAUAUUCACUGAUAAGGCUUUUUAAAAAUCUGUCUCCGUGAUGUGGUGUCAGCUGCCGUAUCGUUUAUGAGGAAAAGAAGGCGGAAGGGAUGCUGAAGUAGCGCGGGAUGCUGUGGAGUGAAAACGUCGUGGGUGGAAGGCUUAGCGCGAACCAGCAGGUGGUGAAAACGAAUGGCUUCUCCGGAGCUGCUUUCUGCAGAUGAGGGAGGCAAACAGCCCGAUCCUCCCAACGUCCUUGACCGUGUUUCCAGCGCGCUGCAUGUCCGCAAGCUGGUCGGAUCAACAGGAGGAGCGCUCCCUGGGGAGGGCUGCUGUAACCUGGCCCGGGGCUGCCAUGGCCGGUGUCAUUCAUCACCAAGGACGGCGCCACGCAAGGGAGGCGCGGAGGUUAAACUCGGUCACCUCGGCGAGGAGAAAGUCCGAGUUUGCUGCGACGAGGAAUUAGAGACAUCCUUCACCUACAUUGAUGAGAAUGUUAACCUGCGACUGGCCAGCCCGGAAAAUAGUUGUAAAAGUACUCACAGACCCGUGCGCAACGGCGAGGCUUGCUCCGAGACGUUGCCAGAAUUCUCCUUCAUGUCCGAGGAUGAUCUCUCCUUCGGGGAAGGCUCCGGGACUUCUAUAGACUACGGGUUUAUCAGUGCAGUCACGUUUUUGGUGACCGGGAUCUCCUUGGUGAUCAUCUCCUACGCCGUGCCACGGGAUGUGGUGGUGGACCGCGACAGCGUGUCGGCGAGGGAGAUGGAAAGGCUGGAGAUGGAGAGCGCCCGGAUAGGCGCCCACUUGGAUCGGUGCGUCAUAGCUGGACUUUGCCUGCUCACACUGGGCGGCGUGGUGCUCUCCACGCUGCUGAUGAUUUCCAUGUGGAAGGGGGAGAUGUACAGGAGAAAGAUCAUCGCUUACUCGAAGCGCUCUGCCAAACUGUAUGGCUCGAUCAGCCUGAAAACGAGAUCCAGUCCCAGUCACUCAUCUGCGCACUUGUCCCUGCAGGAGGAAAUGGAGGAAACUGUGACUUAAAAUGCUGCUCUGCAUAGAAAACUCUUUCUGUUUUUAACUGAGGAAUUAAUGCCAUUCACACACAUUCUCUAACCUAGAAAUGUAUUCAUAUAUUCAAAGUGCAACUCUUCAACAUUUUUGCUUAUACUGUAGACAUAGAUCAAAUUCUGUAUUGUAUAUCCACAUUGCAAAAACAACAGACAAGAAAAGCACUCAAAUGCAAAGUGAGCAAUAGCCAGAAAAACACUAUGUGGUAGCUAUCGAAUUGUUCCCAAAUGACACAGAAUGGCACCAAACUAUAAAAGUGAGCAGGGAGAAUGUUAAGAGCUUUGAGUCACAAACACUGAAUCACAUUUUUUGUACCCAGGAUGCAAUCUCCAAGAGCUUCCAUUUAUUAUUAAGGCUAUUCAUAUUUAAUGUGAAUGUUUCCAACAGCAAAAUCAUGCACAGACACAUUUCAGGAAGUAGGGAAGUGUGUGUCCCCAGGGCAGGAGAGUGGGCGGUAAGGAGGGGUGUAAAGCUGUCCCUGUCCACUCUGAUGUGGGAGACUCAGCUCAGUGGCCCACACGGUAAUAUCCAGUGACAGUCCCUCUCUGGUGCAGUGCUGAGGUAAGCCAGUGAGCCCAGCUUUGUGCAUCUGAGCCAAAGCUCCACGUCGGUUUGAUUGUAGUGAACAAUUUGACUGCAUUUGACAGCGCAGGCAUACACCGUGCACUCUCCUCUGCUCCUCUUCUCUACUUUCCUUCACCUCUUCUUUACUAUCAGCUCUCUCUCCUUCCUGCAGAACUUCCGUGCUAUCUUCAACCUAUGAACACUGUAAAGUUACACUUAAGUGCUUACAUAAUGAGCGUGUGGGAAGGGUCCUGGACGAUCACAGCCAAGUGCCGGUGACAUUUCAGUGUUGAUGAACCUUUUCCUUACCGGACUACUUUUCUUUUUCUGUCUCUGUCUACGUGAGGAUGGACUUAAGAACACAUAAUCACACAUGAAAGAGUUGCCCUACUUCCAAAACCUUAAGCCGUCACAACUUCAAAGAACUAAUUACCUUCCCAAAAGUGAGGUAUCAUUCUUUUUAAAAGGUUAUAUUUGAUGUUAUCGCAGUGAUUUGCUGACUAAAAAAAUGCAGGUGACACAAAGAGCUUAAGAAAAGACGUUUUUCAUGUGCAGACUUGCAAAAAGAUAUAUAUAUGUUAAUGCACUACUGACCAGACAGGUCCUGGACCAAGUUGAGGAAGAAUUUAGUUUGUCUAUGCGAAAGCAGCCUUCUCUUUCUCCCUGACGGUUAUUAACGCUGUCGGAGGAGGACUGCAUUUAUGCAGGCCUGCAGAAAAAGAAUACAGAAUGCCACGCAAUUCUCUCCGAACAAAAAGAAGGAGUCAUUUUUCAUGUAGGCUACCCUGUAAGGCUCAUAAAUCAUGCAUGAACACUGAAAUUCUGCCAUAUUUGCAUAUAUUCAUAUACAAAGUGAAACACUGCAUUCCACAAUACAAGUGCUAAUGAUUCUUAUACUGUGUCAUUCUGUUACCUCAGUUCCUGUCCUUUCAUUUUGUGGGCUGUGUGGCCCUUUUUCGAGGCUUACAUUCAAGACGACAUGAGUCAGCCUCUAUUAAUGAGAUGCGUAGGCUGAUUACACUAUGAUAAACAGCUUGAGGCUAGACCGAUGCUGUGCUUUCAUUCAGUUGCUUUUCUGUAUACUGUCACAGCAUAUAUCGUAAGCGCCAGUCAGUGCACUGACUGUUCAAGUGAAAGGAGAAAGGCGUGUGAAGAAAAGAAUGAGGUAUUCAGCCAGCAUUAUUGUUCAAAAAUCAUUUGGGUAUAUUAGGCAUGUUUAUUGCAGCAAUGAACUAAUGCAAGUUUGUUUUACUACAGCGUUUCAUUUCCUCUGUCAGAGCUGACAAGUGUGUGUGCAUCUCUGAAAAACAACCAUCACAUUUGAAAUGGCAAUAAAAUGCCAAAUGAAGAGAUUUCCAGGAAAGGUAAUAAAAAUGAAUGAUCCAAAUGAG